AUGGCUUCGGCGCCACACGCCUCAUUCCAACAGCUAGAGAAGCUUGGGGAAGGAACAUAUGCGACAGUCUUCAAAGGUCGCAACAAUCAAACAGGAGAAUUGGUCGCAUUAAAAGAGAUCCACCUGGACACUGAAGAAGGGACACCCUCCACCGCCAUUCGCGAGAUCUCCCUGAUGAAAGAGCUUCAGCACGAGAACAUCUUAUCGCUGUACGAUGUCGUCCACACCGAGAACAAGCUCAUGUUAGUCUUCGAAUAUAUGGACAAGGACCUUAAACGAUAUAUGGACACCCACGGUAAUCGUGGCCAGCUCGAACCGACUGUCAUCAAAUCCUUCGUCUACCAGUUACUCCGAGGUGUCGCGCAUUGCCACGAGAACCGGAUUCUGCAUCGCGAUCUCAAGCCUCAGAACCUGCUAAUUAACACCAAGGGCCAGUUAAAACUAGCUGAUUUCGGCUUAGCAAGAGCCUUCGGCAUCCCUGUCAACACUUUCUCGAACGAAGUCGUCACGCUUUGGUAUCGCGCGCCGGACGUGCUCCUCGGCAGCCGCAGCUACAACACCAGUAUCGACAUCUGGUCGAUCGGCUGCAUUCUAGCAGAGAUGUACACAGGACGCCCGUUAUUCCCGGGCACCACAAACGAAGACCAGCUGUUAAAGAUUUUCCGGGUGAUGGGCACGCCGUCUGAGAUCUCUUGGCCCGGAAUUUCGAAAUUCCCGGAAUACAAGCCUGAUUUCCCAGUCUAUGCGACGCAGGAUCUGCGGCAGAUUGUUCCGCGAAUCGAUCAUUUGGGCGUCGAUUUGCUGAGGCGCAUGUUGCAGUUGCGGCCGGAGAUGCGUAUCAGUGCGGCGAGUGCAUUGAAGCAUUCGUGGUUUAAUGAUAUUCCUCGGCCAGUCCCACGGAGUGCUCAAUAG